CAGACAGAUGGACAGACAGCCCUUCAAGCCCUGGAAGCGGCAACCCCUGCCAUUCCCAGAUGCCCAAGAAAGAGGCUGAAGCAGCUAAGAAGGAGGGGCCAAUGCCCAGCAGGCCCACCUACUCUGCUACAAUAUAGUCCACCCAUCGCCCAGGCAGAUCUAAACCCAGAUGAAAGCAAAACUGCUCCAAUUAAAAAGUCUGAAAAGUGCUGCUGUCUCUUAAAAUCCGAUAUUAUUAUUAUUUGCGCUGGAGCUGCUGUCUGACUGGGUGUUCAGUGCAGCUGGAGAAAACCAGGCACCAACCAAGACUUGACAUAAUCCACAAGCAUCCGAUCUGGAGCUCCAUUACUCAGACGUUCAAAACGGUUGAAGGCUGGACAGCAAUUCCAAAUUUUAUUCUAGCUGGAGCUUCCUGAGAGGGUCAGCACCAACCCUGUGGAGCAGCCUCGCUGCAGACAUCAGACUGGCUCCCUUUUUGCUGGUCUUUUAGAAGCUCUUGAAGACCGAGCUGUUUCGGAGAACCUUCCCCUGAUUUGAUUUGACUUGAUGUUGUCCUCAUUUUACUGAGGCCCUUGUUGAUGGACCAGCAGACCCUGAGAUUCCAUCUGGCCAGAUUCUGGGUGGCCUGGCUCUCUCUGCAGGGCAUAUGCCGUCUUGCCCAGGCAGGGCCGCUUGACUUGCUGGCUGGCAGAGCUGCUGGGGCUCUGCCCGAAGACGCCACCCAAGAGCAGGGUUACUACUUGCAGCAGUUGUUUCGGCAGUAUGGCGAGAACGGCACCUUGUCCUUCGAGGGUCUGACCCGCCUCCUGCUAAGCUUGGGGCUGGGGAAGGUGCAGGUGGUAGAGAUUGAGCACGAGGAGCUGGGCCACGGUCAUGUCUCCCAUCUGGACAUCCUGGAGGUCCAAGAGAACAAGCACUUGCACUCCCACUCGGCGCUGGACCACCUGAGCAAGACAGAGCCCAGGGCCAAGACUCAAGCGGAGAGUGUCACCCCCUCCAGCCCAGGAUUCUCUCCGCUGGACCACACAAUCCGUGCCCCAGUAUCUCCUGCCCUCCAUGGGGUCAGCCACGUCCUCAAGCCCAGCUCUGGACAAGGGCCAGAGCACUCCGGCAAGGGGAAAGAAGAAAGCGCCUUCGUGCCUUCCCGUUCUAAGCUAAGCCUUCUGGAGGGAGUCAUUGCCUUGGAUCACUCGGUCUUCAAUCACCUGCAUGAAGAUUGCCUCAAUGUGUCUCAACUGCUUGUCAAUUUUGGCCUGAACACCGUCUCGAAGAUCACCCCGGAGCAGUUCACCCUGCUGUGCCCAGCCUUGCUGUACCAGAUCGAUAGCCGUGUUUGCAUCCAGCACUUGGACGAUGUGACUUUCGACAUGGCUGGGAGCUCCCUCUGGAAUGGCCUGGGCUGGGGAUUUUUGGCUAUCACCCUGACCAGCGUGCCCUCAGCACUGGCCAUCGUCUUGGUGCCCCUACUCAGUCGAGAAAUCUUCCAGUUCCUCCUCACUUUUCUGGUGGCGUUGGCUGUGGGGACACUGUGUGGGGACGCAUUGCUGCACCUCUGGCCACAUGCACAGGCACAGGCGAGUUCCCAUGGCUUGCUGUCCUCAGAAGAAGAUGGCAUUCUGAAGGGUCUCUGUGUGCUAGGAGGCAUCUACUUUCUCUUCCUCAUUGAGAAUCUCAUGGGAACACUCAACCAAGUCCGUGCAAAGAGGAAGGGCGCUGCUGGAAAGCAACCUAAGCAAUCUCCUACUAAGGUGGAUGAGAAUGAUGUAGAGAGGACAUCUCAAGACUCUCCAGGCGCUGAAUUUCAGAGUUUGAGAGUGCCAGAAGAGGACACUGGAAAUGUGUACGAUGAAGCCCAGGACUGCUCCAUCCAAAUUCACAACUCCGAAGGCCACGGGACAAGCUUGGAGAAGCAAACAGAAGAGAUACAUCACCAUGGUCACUCCCACAGCCCAGCUGGAACCCUCAGAGCUGGGAUAGCUGACAUCGCUUGGAUGGUUAUUCUUGGGGAUGGGGUACACAAUUUCACAGAUGGAUUGGCAAUAGGGGCUGCCUUUUCAGAUGGACUCUCCAGUGGUUUAAGCACUACAUUGGCUGUCUUCUGCCAUGAACUACCCCAUGAACUAGGAGACUGUGCCGUCUUACUCCGAGCAGGCAUGUCACUCCGGUGGGUGCUGCUGUUUAACCUGCUGUCUGCUUUCCUGGCUUACUGGGGCACGGUGUUGGGGACCAUUGUCAGUCAGACCACUUCCCAGGUCACUCCCUGGAUCUUUGCCACCACAGCUGGUGUUUUUCUUUAUGUAGCUCUAGCUGAUAUGCUACCUGAAAUGCUGCAGCGGCAUCCUACCAGCAGCAACAAAAGAUCCUUCACACACUUUGUUCUCCAGAACUUGGGCUUUCUCACUGGAGGCGGCCUUAUGCUCUGCAUUGCUCUCUUUGAAGAGCAUAUCGGUGUCCACAUGGAUGAGUGAGUAGGACAUUCCAAAAGGAAUUCCCAGCUGCAAGACAAAAUGAAUUCCUGGCUCUGCCAUCAGUUGUGACUACCCUCUUCCUAUACCUGAAAGGAAGGCUGUAAAAUCAUUUACUGUAAUUGGGUCAUCCAAGGAAGUUGGGGAAGAGGACAAAAGAAAGUCUGGAAGCAAGAGUGAUCCACUCUUUUGCCAACCAUCCCACUCGUGUUAAUGGGUAUGGUGGCAGUAAAACUUUGUGCCAAAUGAGAAAAUCUCCACCUCACCCAGCCUGCUUGGCAUUAUAAAAAGGAAGUAGGUUGCCACUUCUGCCACUAAAAUUAGCAUGUUGAAAACCCAUUAUACUGUGUUAAAGGGAGGAGGGGGCCAGUUGUUUUAGGAGAGAGUGGGCCUAUUUCAAAUGUAUUGUUUAAAUAUAAGGUAGAAUUAUUUAAGAAACUGUACCUAUUCUAGAUAGCCCCUUGGUUCUGAUACCAUGUACUUGUGGUUCCUACUGCAUUUUGGUUAAAGAAUGGUCUCAAGAGCAGCAGUUAUUCUGGGUUAGACAUUUGAGGGUUACAAAGACACAACUGCGCAGUUAAAGCAUGACGGAACGUCUCAAGCACCCAUCAUCCUGAGACAGCGUCCAAGAAGAGCCUGAGAGUUGUUCUCUGUGAUGGGAAAAAAGGACUUCUGUAGGUAUGCGCAUUGGACAAAUACAGAACAGAGCACUUUUGAGGCUAGAUAAGUGUCCCCUUUUCCCAGUUGCAAGAGACAGAAAGAAUAGGAAGAAGCUGAGGCACCAAGCUUGUGUUAAUGUCUCCUCUGAUGAAAUCUAAAAAAGCCCCAGCAGGACAAGCCAUGAAAGCACUUGCUCAAAGGGCAGAGGAAGCUGUCUUUAAUUCAAAUUAUAUCUUGUCAGAAGCAUUCAUUACCAAUACCUGUAAGAAAGUCUCAAAAACAUUCCUCCCAGUGACACUUCAUAAUAUGCUGCACAAGGUUGCUGGAGGCAAUGGGGCAGAAUUUCAGCCUCUUAAAUCAGGAAACUCACUCUUCCAAAGAUAUAGAUAGGUGUCCUUCUCCCUGCUCCCCCAGUUCUCCGGCACAAAUAAUAAAAGAACAGGGGUCUCCAAGGUGUCAGGGAAGGCCCAGCAGUGUUGGAAGAAGCAGCUGCAUAAGGUUGUUGCCACAGCAAGGAAGACAUCUGAUGUAUGGGAAAAAGCAGCUGACCUACAAAAGGUGGACUACCCAACUGACCUAUUUUAGAGAGGGGAAGCUUGUCUGAUAGCCACAAUCAGAACAUUCUUAAAGGCCCUCAGUUUGUUUGGUGGAAGGACACCAAGGUCUAGAGAGAAAUGCCCUGGAGUUAUACCCAGGAUAUUGAGCAGGCAAUCCCUCAAUAUCUGCACAGGAUUACUUUCUGUGCUGGUUGCCUUUGUUCCUGUGAAUGCACUCACAAGUGGGGUGGAAAUAGGCACCUGUUUAUUUUCUGGCGCUGCUUUUUUUUGGGGGGGGUAUGUGGAAAACAGAGCUGCUAUAAAUUUCAGCUUUACUGAUCAGUUGUUUGAAAACAAAAUCAGUUGUUUUUAAUGUGGCAUGGAAUAGCCGCAUAAGAAUACAGCAUGCGAUUUUCUCAUCUGUUAGUUCUAUAGCUGCUUAAGUUAGUGAGAAGUUUGCCAGUAUAUUACAUUCUGAGAUAUGGUAUCACUUGAGUUGAAUUAGUUUCUCAAAUAGCAAAAAUACUCCCCCCCCUUUUUUGCUCUCUCCCCACCAAUUUUCCUCUUUUGCCCUAUUCAAUGUAUCUCUUAACCUAAAGGUAGUGCUACAGUGCAUUUUUACCUAGAAGUAAACCACACUGAAUAGGCAUGUACUGUAUACCUCUGAACAGACAUGCAUAAACCUUGAACUCAAGCAGUCAAAACUGAGCUCCUGCAUAGGACGGAUUUUUUAUAUUUCUGAACCUCAAGGUUCAUUAAAUAGAAUUGUCCUGUCUGGCCACAAGCCAAUUGGUAUAAAAGGUACCCACGUAGAUUUUGAUGUAGAAGGGGGGAAGUGUUUUACAGAUUGUAAAAUGAUCUGUGGUUUGAAAAUAUAUGUUUGACUCAGAUUAUGGAAUUACAGUCAUAUCAUCAAGAAUUUUCACCUAUUAUUUCUUGUAUUUUUACUCACACAGUAUCUGGAGACAAGAAAAAAGUAAGGCAAAUAGAAGCAACAGCAUUUUAAUCAACAUAAUUGAUUCAAAGCCACAAUAUGAAUAACAGGACCUGGUCGCAGCAUACAUUGUAGAAAAUAGAUCAAGUCUGAAUGCUUUGUUUUUUUUUUUUUUUAAUUUAGUUUUAAGUUCCUGUUAACCCCUUUCCCCAACCCCCCCAAAGGUAAUGCAGAAAUUCUGAAAAUGCAUAUAUAUCAUCUGAGACAAAAAAAAAAAAAGGUUAAUCAUUCACAGGAUUCAUGUAAAGGGCUUAUACAAGGUGGCUUCCACACUGUGCAAGACUGAGAUGUGUAGAAAGGGGAAUGGAUGGCUUGUGAUACCUCACUGUAUUGUUAAUUCAGUAUGAUUUUACAUCGAUCUUUUAACAUAAUGUUUUCAUUUCAUGGAACAACCAGGCUGGGGGGGGGAGGGGGAGAGAGAAUGGUUGGUUUGACAGAUCUGCCUUUCUAAGAAUAAAACUUUGAUCUUGA